AUGUCGGUUCCCAUUCACCCAGAUUGGCUGCUGGAACGUGCUACCGAUUCGGGACUUCGUGUUCGAGUGUUCACGCCAGAAGUAGCUACUCAGGACCCACUGCCAGUCGGUGUUUACGGAGGUUGGGCUUCUGGAAACAUCGAAGCGGAAGAGGCAACAUGCAUUCACGUUGCGGUUCAGGUCCCUUCCAUUAUAAUCGCGGUAGCCUACCGUCUUGCUCCUGAAUUCAAAGCCCCGGCUGCGCACAAUGAUGCUGUAGACGCACUCAUUUGGGCAUGGAAGAAUGUUUCUGGUCUGGGUGGAGACCAAACAAGACUAUUUACAAUAGGAGGUUCUGCAGGAGGAAACUUGGCUAUUUCCGUCGUUUUGAAAACCCUCGAUCAGGAGAUAAAUGUGACGGGCAUCGUUGCAAUCGUACCUGUCACCGUGCAUCCAGACGGUGUGCCUUCAAAGCACAGAUCUGCGUACAAAUCCUACGCAGAAUCCGUAGCGACACCAGUUAUUAACAAGACUACCAUGGAUAUAUUCUUUGGUACGUAUAACGCUCUUUCUAUAAGACCUGCCCUUGUUGAUAUUCUUUUAGAAAAUUAUGGUGCAGCGCCAACAGAUCCAUCUAUUUCUCUAUUGUGCAAUCCAAGAAUCGGAGAACUACCGCCUACUUAUCUUGUUUCAUGUACGGCGGACCCUCUAAGAGACGAUGCCAGGCUCUUUAAGCAGGAACUGGACAAUCACAAGGUGCCGAAUAAGAUAACCGAAUAUGAAGGGAUGCCGCACUAUUUCUGGAUAUUUCCCCAGCUGAAGCAGCGUGCGCAAUUUUUGGACGAUUUGGUCAAUGGUAUUUGGUUUAUACUUGGCCAAUAG